ACUUUCCACUUCUUUUCACAGGAUAAUAUAAACGUUUUUUUGAAAGCUUGUGAACAGAUUGGAUUGAAAGAAGCCCAGCUUUUCCAUCCUGGGGAUCUACAGGAUUUAUCAAAUCGAGUCACUGUCAAGCAAGAAGAGACUGAUAGGAGAGUGAAAAAUGUUUUGAUAACUUUGUACUGGCUGGGAAGAAAAGCACAAAGUAACCCCUACUACAAUGGUCCCUAUCUUAAUUUGAAAGCAUUUGAGAAUCUUUUAGGACAAGCUCUGACUAAGGCACUUGAAGAGUCCAGCUUCCUGAAGAGGACUGGCAGAGACAGUGGUUACGGUGAUAUCUGGUGCGCUGAGCGUGGAGAAUUUCUUGCUCCUCCAGGCAACUAUAAGAGAGAAGAUUCAUUUGAAAGCUUGGACUCUUUGGGGUCUAGGUCAUUCACAAGCUGCUCCUCUGAUAUCACGUUGAGGGGGGCACGUGAAGGUUGUGAAAGUGACACAGAUUCUGAAUUUACAUUCAAAAUGCAGGACCAUAAUAAAGAUGAUAUGUCAUAUCGAAGGAUUUCGGCUAUUGAACCAAAGUCUGCUUUACCAUUUAAUCGCUUUUUACCCAACAAGGGUAGACAGCCAUCCUAUGUGCCGGCGCCCUUAAGGAAGAAAAAGCUGGACAAAAAUGAGGAUAACAGAAGAAGCUGGGCAAGCCCAGUCUACACAGAAGCCGAUGGAACAUUUCCAAGUAACGAGAGGAGAACUUGGGGCACAAACGUGGAGAACUGGCCAACAGUACAAGAAACUUCAGACUCCUCUUGUUAUUUGGAAGAGGCAGAAGAAAAGACAAGCAUACCCAACACUGUAAGGGAUGAUCUUUAUGUGCGAAAGCUAAGCCCAAUCAUGCCAAGCCCAGGGAAUGCUUUUGAUCAGUUUCUUCCCAAAUGCUGGAUCCCAGAAGAUGUGAACUGGAAACGAAUAAAAAGGGAAACUUAUAAACCAUGGUAUAAAGAAUUUCAGGGAUUCAGUCAGUUUUUAUUACUUCAGGCCCUCCAGACAUAUUCUGAUGACAUCUUGUCUUCCGAAACACAUAUCAAAAUUGAUCCCACUGCUGGCCCAAGGCUCAUAACACGCAGAAAGAAUCUCUCUUACACACCAGGAUAUAGACCAGAUGACCUGGAGAUGCCAGCCCUGGAUCCUGACUUAGAGAAUGAUGAUUUCUUUGUCAGAAAGACUGGGGCUUUCCAUGCAAACCCAUGUGUUCUUCGGGCUUUCGAAGACUUAAGAAGGCUUUCUGGGCAAGACAAUCCUGUAGAGCAAGAUAUAAUACUGCAGUGUAGGGAAGGUGAACUUGUGCUUCCAGACCUAGAAAAAGAUGAUAUGAUUGUUCGCCGCAUUCCAGCACACAAGAAAGAGGUGCCUCUGUCGGGAGCCCCAGAUAGAAUACCAGCCAUCCCUUUCCCCGAACCCUGGACUCUUCCUCCGGAAAUUCAAGCAAAAUUUCUCUGUGUACUUGAAAGGACAUGCCCACCUAAAGAAAAAAGUAAUAGCUGUAGAGUGUUAGUUCCUUCCUGGAGGCAGAAGAAAGAUGACAUGUUGGCUCGUAAGAUCCAAUCUUGGAAGCUGGGAACUACUGUGCCUCCAGCCAGGUUCACCCCUGGUCCCUGCAGCGAGGCCGACUUACAGAAGUGGGAGUCCAUCCGGGAGGCCAGCAGGCUUAGGCACAGGAAGCGGCUGAUGGUGGAGAGACUCUUUCAAAAGAUUUAUGGUGAGAACGGGAGCAAGUCCAUGAGUGAUGUCAGCGCAGAGGAUGCUCAGAACUUCCGUCAGCUGCGUUACGAGGAGAUGCAGAAAAUAAAGUCACAGUUAAAAGAACAAGAUCAGAAAUGGCAGGAUGACCUUGCAAAAUGGAAAGAUCGUCGGAAAAGCUACACUUCAGAUUUGCAGAAGAAAAAAGAAGAGAGGGAAGAGAUUGAGAAGCAGUCGCUUGAGAAGUCUGAGAGAAGAUCUAAGACAUUUAACGAAAUGCUGCAGGACAGGGAAUCCCCAAAUCAGAUGUCUACAAUUACAUCGAGGAGGAGACUGUAUUCUUCUGAUGAUGGAGUGAAUGAAGAAAAGCUUCCCCCUGUGCUGACUAUGUCAGAAGCAAGUUCCCAGAGUGAGAGAGUAGAAGAGAAGGGAACCACUUAUCCGACGGAAAUUCCUAAGCAAGAUUCUACAACUUUUGCAAAAAGAGAGGCUACUAUCACAGCUGAAAUUCAGCUUCCUUCGAAAAGCCCCGUGGAAGAACAACGCCCAGCCUCUUUGUCUUCUCAGCAUUCACGACAAAUGGAGUCGACUCGAGUUUCAGCUACUCUCCCUAGAAGUUACCAGAAAACUGAUGCGGCCAGGUUAACGUCUGUGGUCACACCGAGACCUUUUGGAUCUCAGUCAAGGGGAAUCUCAUCACUCCCGAGAUCCUACACGAUGGAUGACGCUUGGAAGUACAAUGGAGAUGUAGAAGGCAUUAAGAGAACCCAAAGCAGUUCGGUCAGCAUCUCUGUGCAAAGACCUGACACGAGCCAGUUUGCUUCCAGGUCAUCCAGCGAAAGAGAGGCAGCAGCAUCCAGAGAAAGUGUGAUGAGGCUGCUCUCUCCUACACCCACCUUCACAUCUCCUUCCCAGGGCCAGGCUGCCACUUCGAAAGACACGUUAUCUCCAACAUCUAGCCCUGAUUUAACGUCUGAGCUUGGAGAAGGGAGAAGCUCACCACAGACAGAGGUCUCAAGAUCACAGGAUCAGUUCAGUGAUAUGAGAAUCAGCAUAAACCAGACGCCUGGGAACAGCCUUGACUUUGGAUUUACAGUAAAAUGGGAUUUUUCCAGGAUCUUCGUAGCAUCAGUCGAAGCAGGUAGCCCAGCAGAAUUUUCUCAGCUACAGGUAGAUGAUGAAAUUAUUGCUAUCAACAACACUAAGUUUUCAUAUAAGGACACAAAAGAGUGGGAGGAAACCAUGGCUAAUGCUCAGGAAACUGGAAACCUAGUAAUGGAUAUCAGGCGCUAUGGAAAGUCUGGUUCACCUGAAACAAAGUGGACUGAUGCAACUUCUGGAAUUUACAGCUCAGACAAAUCUUCAAGUCUAUCAAUCACAGCUGAUUUCUCAGAAAGCCUUCAGAAUUCUAAUACUGAAUCAAAGGAAAUCAAUGGAAUUCGUGAUGAAAGCAAUACUUUUGAAUCAAAAGCCUCUGAACCUAUUUCUUUGAAAAACUUAAAAAGGCGAUCACAAUUUUUUGAACAAGGAAGUUCCGAUUCUGUGGUGCCUGAUCUUCCAGUCCCGACCAUCAGUGCCCCGAGUCGCUGGACGUGGGAUCAGGAAGGGGAGCGGAAGCGGCAGGAGAGGUGGCAGAAAGAGCAGGACCGCCUGCUGCAGGAAAAAUAUCAGCGUGAACAGGAGAAGCUAAGGGAAGAGUGGCAGAGGGCUAAGCAGGAGGCUGAGAGAGAGAAUUCCAAGUACUUGAAUGAGGAGCUAAUGGUCCUAAACUCAAACAGCAUUUCUCUGACCACACGGGAGCCUGCUGUGGCCACCCGGGGUGAAGAGUCCAAGGCACCUGACAGGGAAGAAGCCCCAGCAAAGGAGGAAACGAGGCAGCAGCAGCAGCAAGAGAAAGACCAGGAGCAGAAGCGGCGCCAGGCAGAGGCAGAGGCAGAGGCAGAGGCAGACGAGCAGAAGCGCCAGGCGGAGAGAGAGAGGGAAACUUCUAUCCAAAUAUACCAGUACAGAAGGCCUGUUGAUUCCUAUGACAUACCAAAGAGGGAAGAAGAAUCUCCAGGUUUGCUUCCUAGUGACAGGAAUAAAUCCAGAUCCACUACUGAACUGGAUGAUUACCCCACAAAUAAAAAUGGAAACAAUAGAUAUUUAGACCGAACUGGGAGCAGUAGCUCAUCGCAGAAAAGCUCCAAGAAGGAACAAGUCCCAUCAGGAGCGGAGUUGGAGAGACAGCAAAUCCUUCAAGAAAUGAGGAAGAGGACGUCCCUUUAUGAUGACAACAGCUGGAUCCGACAGCGCAGUUCCAGUGUCAAUAAAGAGCCUAUUUGUCUGCCUGGGAUUAUGAGAAGAGGCGAAUCUCUAGAUAACCUGGAUUCCCCAAGAGGCAGUUCUUGGCGACAGUCCCCUUGGCUCAACCAGCCUUCAGGAGUCUAUGCCACUUCCUCCGUCCAAGACUUCAGUCGCCCCCCACCUCAGCUGCUGUCCACUUCGAACCGUGCCUACAUGCGGAACCCCUCCUCCAACGUACCCCCUCCCUCAGCGGGUUCCGGGAAGACCACCGCCCCGUCCCCCGUACCGCGCAGCCAUUCCCCUGCGGUUCCGCAGCCCGGCUGCCAGCCACGCAGCAGUGUGUGGCCUGUGAUCGUGACCUCGGAGGCUCUUCCUCAGGAACCGAAGUCAGAAUCCGAAACAACCAACUGUAUUGCAACGACUGCUAUGUCAGAUUCAAAUCUGGACGGCCAACCGCCAUGUGAUGUAAGCCUCCACACGAAAGCACUGUUGCAGAUAGAAGAAGAGGUGGUUGCUGCUGAUAUAGAUCUAUAA